UAAACCAAUACAAACCUCCAACAAAUAUGAGGCUAAAAAUAAAAUGUUGUGUGCUUUGAAAAAUUGUUCCAUAAAUUUAUAUAUAUUUGCGCGCGCCGGCUCCGGCACAAAUUAGCCCCUCCGUUGUAAAAAUUGAUCGCCGGAGCCGGAGGUGUUCUUCCGGAAUCACGGAGGAGAUCAUCGGAAAAACCGGAAAGAGGCGAAGGGGCACCGUACCCAUAAUAAAUGGGGAAGCUAUGGAACAGAGCCGCCGGGGCUUUGAAGGACCAAAAAAGCAUAGUAGUGGCGAGGCUGGGCAGGCGGACGGCGCUGCGGAGACCGGAUGUGGAGGCGGUGGUGAUCCGGGCCACCAACCACGACGAAUCGUGCGUGGAUUGCGAGAGCGUUGAGAAAUUGUACAGGAUGAUCCGGCUGUCCCCCAACCAUUUUAGGCCCUUGAUUUGGGCGAUUUCCCGGCGGAUGGAUAAGACUGGGAGUUGGGUGGUGGCGCUUAAAGGCUUGAUGCUCGUGCACGGCGUCUUCAGCUCCCGGAUCCCCGCCGUCCGGAAGAUCGGACGCCUCCCCUUCAAUUUCUCCGAUUUCAAGGACCGCCAUUCCCGUUCGUGGAUCACCCGGGGACACAACCACUUCAUCCGCGCUUAUUUCGCCUUCCUGGAUCACAAAUCCGCAAUCCUCUUCAUCGAUCACAAGGAACAAACACCACGGUUGUCGUCUUCAUCUUCAUCUUCAUCGUCGUCCCUAAUGCAAACCCUGGAGUUGCUGCAAAAGCUGCAAGACGUACUGGACAUGACGCUGAAGAUCCGCCCAAAUUCCGCGGACGCCGUCACCGUGCCCGGCCUCAUCGCCGACGCUAUGGACUGCAUGGUGGUGGAGAUUUUCGACAUCCACAACCGAUUAUGCACCGGAAUUGUGAAUAUCCUGCCGAGAAUUUUCGAGGCCAGCAAGGCGGAGGCUGAGGCGGCGCUAAAAAUCGCCGCUAGGGUAAGACUCCAAAGCCAGGAGCUCAACGACUACUAUGAUUUGUGCAAUGAACUCGGCCUCACCAACGUUUCAAAACUUCCAAUUCCUACAAUAACUGAUAAAAUCAGCAAAGAACAAAUCCAAGAGCUUGAAGACAUAACCAACGGCGCCGGCGGCGUAAUUCCGGUGGUCUACGGCGAUUCUUCACCCCAUCAUCACAAGGCCGCGGCAAAGGAAUUGGAACAACCAUCAUUAUUGCUUCCCCCUGCAUCUACCAUAGCUCAACAAAACGUCGUGGCGAAGGAGACGACUACUCGCAAUAAUUCCACAAUAAUCACCCAUCAAUGGGAAACGUUCGAAGAAGUAAUUAAUCCUGCUGCUUAUUAUGCACCGCCUCUUUUACCACUUAACAACAAUUUGCAUCUUCAACAUCAACAUUUCCCAGAUCUCAUAACUUUUUAGUAUAGUAGUACGUGUUCCUU